UGUCCCUAGUGUAAAUCGCAUCAACUCAAAUACAAUUCCAAGUAUUUCAACAACACAUUAUUUACUAAAUAUCUCUGCAUAUAUUCAAAAAAAAGGAAGAAAAUGGCUCGAUCACUAUCUGCCAUUUUCUUCUUAUCAAUGCUCGUAUCAAUGGCUAUGGCCACAGCUCCUGGAAGUUCUUUAACGGCUGCCCCCGGCGGCCCGGUAAUUACUCCACCUGGGAUUGCUAACAAUCCGAGCCAUUCUCAUUGCUCUGAUGAUGAAAUUAAGCAAUGCAAAAAUCUACCUCAUGUUUGUCCCAAGUUCUGUCCUAAUGGCUGCAUAACUGAGUGUCGUUCUUGCAAACCUAUUUGCAUUGAUGGCCCAAUCCCACCUCCCUACACCCCUCCAACUACCCCAACCCCACCUCCCUACACCCCUCCAACUACCCCAACUCCACCUCCCCACACCCCUCCAACUACCCCAACCCCACCUCCCCACACCCCUCCAACUACCCCAACCCCACCUCCCUACACCCCUCCGAGUCCAACUACAUCUCCAAAGAAGGUUAAGUGCAAGAACAAGAGUUACCCAAAAUGUUAUAAUCAACAACAUACAUGCCCUACCACUUGCCCUGGCACUUGUCAAGUUGAUUGUGUCUCUUGCAAACCUGUUUGCAGUUGUGACACUCCAGGAGCAGUUUGCCAAGAUCCACGUUUCAUUGGAGCAGAUGGAAUUACCUUCUAUUUCCAUGGCAAGAAGGACAAAGAUUUUUGCCUGGUUUCAGAUUCUAACCUCCACAUCAAUGCCCAUUUCAUAGGAAAACGAAAUGAGAACAUGAAGAGAGAUUUUACUUGGGUUCAAUCCAUUGGUAUCCUUUUUGGUACUCACAAGAUUUCUGUUGGGGCACUUAAGACAGCAACAUGGGAUAAUGCCAAUGAUCGCCUCUUCCUCAACUUUGAUGAUGAAACUAUUGUUCUUCCCGACAACGAAGGCGCAAGGUGGGAGUCAGAAACUGGACCAACAGCCUCCAUUACUCGAACCAGCAGCACCAACGAAGUCGUGAUCGAAGUUGAAAACAUUUUCAAGAUUACAGCCAAGGUGGUGCCAAUUACAGAGAAAGAAUCCAAAGUUCAUAACUAUGGCAUAACACAAGACGAUUGCUUUGCUCAUCUUGAGCUUGGAUUCAAGUUUUUGUCACUCAGUGAUGAAGUGAGUGGUGUUUUGGGCCAAACUUAUAGAAGGAACUACGUGAGCAGAGUUAAAAUGGGUGCUUUGAUGCCGGUAAUGGGAGGUGACAAAGACUUUGCAGCUUCAGGACUUUUUGAAGCUGAUUGCUCUGUAGCUAAAUUUCAAGCAGAAGAAUCUUGGAAUGAGGAUUUGUUGAAUUUGGAGCUGCCUAGCUUGAGAUGCAACAGUGGGAUUUAUGGACGUGGAGUUGUUUGCAAGCGCUAGAGUUUCUUGAUUGAGCAUUGUUGCUAAUAACUGACUAAAGAUUUCUAAAGAGAAUAAGGUUAGAAACCAUGGGAAUGUAACAAGAACUAUUGCUCAAUGGAAAAGUAUUAAGUUGGCGAAAAAGAAUAAGAUCAUUGUUUUUCUUUUGUAGUUGGAAAGUUGUAUUCUAAGUAAUUCACGGAAAAGAGCAAAGAAUUAUACUGUAUUAUACUUCUUCUUCUAAUAAGAUCAUAGUUUGACUCG